UCCGGCAUGAGCGAGGCGCGGCUGCGGCCCGGGCGCGGCCCCGGCGGGGCGCGGGACCCCCAGGACAAGGAGUCAGAGUCUGAGAACAAGCUGGAUGGAGAGACAGCGUCAGACAGCGAGAGCAAAUCCGACUUCGGGGGCUCGUCCGCAGUGCCGACGUCGGAUGACACUCCAGAGGUGCUGAACAGGGCUCUCUCCAACCUGUCCUCGAGAUGGAAGAAUUGGUGGGUGAGAGGCAUCCUCACGCUGGCGAUGAUCACCUUCUUCUUCAUCAUCAUCUACCUGGGCCCCAUGGUCUUAAUGACAAUAGUGAUGUGUGUCCAGAUCAAAUGUUUCCACGAGAUCAUCACCAUUGGCUACAACGUGUACCACUCCUACGACCUGCCCUGGUUCAGGACGCUCAGCUGGUACUUCCUGCUGUGUGUGAAUUAUUUCUUCUACGGCGAGACGGUGACAGAUUAUUUCUUCACCCUGGUGCAGAGGGAGGAGCCCCUGAGGAUCCUCAGCAAAUACCAUCGCUUCAUUUCCUUCGCCCUCUACCUGACAGGUUUCUGCAUGUUUGUCUUGAGUCUGGUGAAGAAACACUAUCGCCUCCAGUUCUACAUGUUUGGCUGGACCCACGUGACGUUGCUGAUUGUUGUUACCCAGUCACACCUCAUCAUCCACAACCUGUUUGAAGGAAUGAUCUGGUUCAUUGUCCCCAUCUCCUGUGUGAUCUGCAAUGACAUCAUGGCCUACAUGUUCGGGUUCUUCUUCGGCCGCACGCCGCUCAUCAAGCUCUCCCCAAAGAAGACCUGGGAGGGUUUUAUUGGAGGAUUUUUUUCCACCGUUCUGUUUGGAUUGCUGCUGUCCUAUGUGAUGUCUGGGUACCGCUGCUUCACCUGCCCCGUGGAGUUCAACAACGACACCAACAGCUUCACCGUGGACUGCGAGCCCUCCGAGCUGUUCCAGCUGCAGGAGUACAACAUCCCCGUGGUGCUGCAGUCUGUGGUGGGCUGGAAGACAGUGCGGAUGUACCCCUUCCAAAUCCACAGCAUCGCCCUCUCCACCUUCGCCUCCCUCAUCGGGCCCUUCGGAGGCUUCUUUGCCAGUGGCUUCAAGAGGGCCUUCAAAAUCAAGGACUUUGCCAACACCAUCCCGGGGCACGGGGGGAUCAUGGAUCGCUUCGACUGCCAGUACCUGAUGGCCACCUUUGUCAACGUGUACAUCGCCAGCUUCAUCAGAGGCCCCAACCCAAGCAAACUGAUCCAGCAGUUCCUGACCCUGAGGCCAGACCAGCAGCUCCACAUCUUCAACACGCUCAAAGCACACCUGGUGGACAGGGGAAUUUUGGGGAGCCUGGAGGACGCAUAGACAGGAGGUGGUUGGAACAGGACUGAAAACAGACAGGCCUCCUCCAGGGAAUUCCUGGCUUGCCUGAUUUAAGACAAUAACAAGGCCUCAUUUCACUGUAACUUUUCUUCCUUUCUUGGUAAAUGUUUGCAUUUGUGGUUUAUUUUUUUUUAAUAAUAUAUUUAUAGAGCUUUGGUUCAAAUGAGCAAAUCUUGGGUUUGUAGCUGAGAAGGAGUUAAGGCUUGGAAGGAGUGUUGGGUGGAGCAGGAGGGUGGGAUUCCCCUGGUGGACUCUUCUGAACCUUUGGGGUGUGUGGGCAGAGCUGAGCUUUCCCUGUGAGUGGGUUUUGCAGGGAAUGCAGAGCCUGGCAGGGAAGGGGAGGCUGUGCCCUGCCCUGGCCCUUGUGCUCAGGGUGGCAGCCCUGGGGACCAUCCUCCUCCCCAGGGACAACUGGGAGUGCAGUGGGAAUUGUCCCAGCCUGUGGCAAUCUCCUUGCACAAGGUAUUUGCAAGAGGAUCUUGUACUAACCCAGCCCUGUUUCCUCUGCCCAGCCCUGCACCUGCAGCUGCUCUCACCUGCCUCUCACAUUCCCUCCCUUCAGGGCUGAUAUUUUGGCAAAUCAGAUUUUUGUAACCAAUUAAACCAGGAACAGAAUGGGGACGAGGAGUCAAGAAAGUGGCAGUUGUGUGUGGGAGUGUGGGAGGUUCAGAUUCCUUCAAAACUGAUGGAAGGAAAUAAGUUUUAAAGAACGUUGAAGUUUCACUGAGCAAUUCCUGCCAAGUGAGAACAACUUUUACAUAACUUGGUUUGUUUUGCCCCGUUAAAUAACCUUUAAGAACCACACUUCUUCAUUUCUCCAAGGUUGGAAACCCCACACUGGGCUAUGUGAAGUAACCUGGGGAGCAGUUUCCAGCCGGGUUCGUUGCCGGGUGGGCUCCAGCUGCAGCUGGGGGUUUUGUUUUCUUUCAGGGAUCAUGUCUGUUCAUUACUUGAGUUGUAGAAGUCGUGCUGCUGAGUUUACCACGGUCUGUGUUGCAUUUCAGUCUGGGUUCAUUUCUCUGCAGGCUUCUGUCCUGCUUUGCUUACUGAAUCUUGUCAGAAAUAGUUUGUACUUUAUAGCUGCAAGUUUUACCGAAGUACUUUCCUUUAUUUUGUCAUACUUUUUUAUUAUUUAAAAACGAUAGCCCUAAAGAUUGUAAAACUUUCCUUUUUUUUUUUUUUUUGUGAUCAGAUAGUGAAAAUAUCCCCAUUUACACCUCAUGCAGUGUUCCCAAACACAAGGUGACUCUGAUUUUCUUUCUUUCCAUAGUUUGUGCAUGGGAGAGAGAAACUUUACCUGAUUUUAACCUGGGGAAGGAGUGACAGGGAGAGUUCACACAGAAGUACCUUGGUGUUUUCAAGCAGUUGCUGCCAUAAACCUUUAGCCACAGACCCCCCACAUGAGACCUGCACCUGCUGCGAGCUGGCUUGGCAUCGACAGAAAAUAAACCACCUGAAAAUACCCCAAAUUCAGAGUUUUUACUCCAUAUUCUGCUUCUGCCACUGCUUUCGUUUACCCUGAGUGUACCAGAGAGCUCAUGUGUGUGUAAAUACAUGGAGCAGGUCCCAGCCUCUCCCCUGCAUUUCUGUGGGACUGUGGUGGGCUCUGCUUUGUCUCCCUGAGCAGGAGGCACAGGGCAGAAGGUCGUACUCCAAGUGCAGGUGUUUGAUGGAAAGCACAGGCUGCAGAGAAGGCUCUGGUUUUAUGAAGUAUUCUCAGUUGGUGCUGGCAAAGUUCUGCACUGAGCCAGGUCAGGAUUGGGUUUGGGGUUCACACAGAUUUUCCUGGUUGUGGAGACUGUUCCCUUCCAGCUUGAAUUAGGCAGGGGUUUAUUUUCUGUCGACAGAACCAAUAUUGGUCCAAGCCCCUGAUACAGAAACUGCAGAGGAGAAAGGAGGUGCUUCCAUCUGGCCUUGUCCAGGGGCAGUGUUUGGGCUGUGUUUCAUGAGGGUUUGCCUGAGUUCAGCGAGGCAAAGUGAGGCCCCUGUCAGGAGCAGCCGUGGGAGCAGGGUGGGAGUGCCAGGGUUUGGUUUGCCCUGGGACCAGCUGGAUUCUCCCUGCCCAUUGCCAAAAUCCCUUGUCGUGGCUGUUGGGUCACAGGCAGAAGUGACAGUGUUGAUAAAUAUUACAAAGGUGUGCUCUGUUCAUAGUGAGAAAUUUCUCUGGUGGGUCUUUAGUCUCCUGCUCGUCUGCUUUAAACCUUUCCUUCCUCCUCUGGCGUAAUUAGCGGGGCAAAGCUUUGCUGCAGGCCCAGCUUUGGGGCAGAUCUGGGCUUUUCCCGAGGGUGUAAGUGCUGGAUGUGGGCACUGGAGGGCAAAGCAGUUCCACGGAGUGGCUGCGAGAGGAGCAGCGGCAGCAGCUGCAGCUCUGCCUGUGGGUGGCUUCCCCGGUCAGAAAUUCCCGAUCAGCUUUAUUCCUGCUUCCUCUUGGAAGGGUGGGAUUCCAAACCUGGGCUGCUCCCCACGGGGAAAGCUGCCUGGGAAGGGUUUCCUGCCUGGAAGUUCAUUAAAGGGAGUGGGAACGGUGGAUCCACGGGGAGGUGGGGAUUGUUGGGAUUAUUUGCAAGUUGUGCAGAUGAACUCACGGGAGUGGGAGCUGGACCCUGGGUUUGGGUUGGAGGGGGCCUGGACUCUUGUCCCACCUCCCUUGCCACGGGCAGGGAGUCUCUCACGAGGCCAGGCUGCUCCAAGCCCCAUCCAGCCUGAUCCUGGGCACUGCCAGGGAUGGGGAGUCGGCAACUCCCUGAGCAAAGGUGAAAAGCUGCUGUUCCUGAGGGAGUCUCUGAGGGAGGAACCGAUGCCGAGGGAUGUGCAGCAGCACGCAUGGCCCUGCAGGACCUUGGUGGUGCUGCAGCUCUCAGGAAUUUCGGUGUGGAGGGGCCGGAAUGGCCCCAGGGCUGGUGGGUGAGAAGAGAGAUGGGGAAGCGCUCCAGCUGCAGGGCUGGAGCUCAGCGUGGCACAAUCGUUCUGGUUCACAGCGGGCUCCAGCAGCAGGAAGCUCCAAAGGGAAGAGCAGAGCAGCAGGGGGAGGUGGUGUCAGCUGGGAUUUGUGUGUGUGGGCUGGGAGGAAGGGACAGGAAGGAUUUGGUCAGUGUGGUGUGGUGUGGGAGCCACCUCUGCACCAGGGUCACAGCACAGGCAGCCAGGGAGUGUCCACAGGGAGGGCACUGGAAGCUGCUGUGGUGUGGUGUGAGGGGCUGGCAGUGCUGGGCAGGGCUCUGGGCACCCCCAGUGUUUGUUGGGUUUGGACACAGGUUUGAUGCACAGCUGGGCUGGGCCUGUGGACACCUCGGUGGGAAUUGGCUUUUCCCUGCCUGGGUGUAGCCCAGCUGGGUUUGCAGGGCCGAGGCAGGGCCAGCCCUGCUCAGGGAAGCACCAGGCCUGGGUUCUGUGGGAUCAGCCGGGGUUCAUCAGACAUUCCCUGCGUGAGGGGCUCAGCAGUGCCCCUGAGCUGAAGGGGCAGCUCCUGCGUGGCUCACAGAGCUGGGGAUCCUGCAGCAUCACCCGCAGCUUGGCCCCAGGCUGUGGGAUCCCAGUGCCGCCUCCCAGGGAAUGUCUCCUGUGUCCCGUGUGUGCAGUGAGCCCUCCCCAGCCUGGCUGCAGUGGGGUCCUGCCCUCUCUCCCUUCCCCCUGUGCGUGGUGGGAGCAGGGCAGGGCUGGGUGGGCACAUCCAGCCCCUCCUGGGGACAGCCCAGUCCCUAAAGCAUCGCAUGGAAGCUCCUGUGGCCUCUCCCUCGGUGCCCAGCCCCGGGCUGGCAGCUCUGUACUCCUGUAGUCCCUGUGUAAUCCCAGAUCUCCAGCCCUGGCCUGCUCCCACCACUGGCUUCUUUCUCUGUGCAUUGCUCCUUUGAUUCCGGUUUUAGCUACACACGUAGAGUUGCCUUUCUUUGACCGAAUGUUCGAAUGUGAAAUAUUGUAUAUUUUAAAGUAUUUACCCUAUUUAUAUACUGUAUGUUACUGUUAAAUAAAUAUAAAUUCCAUUA